GUUGCAAUAUCCACCCAACUGUAAGGACACACAGACACAGUUGUAAAUUUUGUUACCAUUACUCGUCGUCCGGACCCCUCCAAGUCCCCACCGCCACCGCACGCACGGAGGAGAAACCUCUCUACUUUUCUGCUGAACUGCACUGACCACUCUCCACUCGCACCGCCGGCACACUACGUUGACGGUAUAAGUGGCGGAAAAGGAUGGAGUCUAUCAUAUAUGCUACCAAAUCGCCGUCGGCCUCUGGCCUCUGCGGUCCUAGGCUCUUGCGAAGGACGGGUGAUUUGCGGAAACACAGUUUUGCGGUUGCGAGCUGCGAUCUUCGAGUGAAUAAGGGGAAUAAUUGUUUGGGAUUUAGCAUCGGCUCCCGUUCAAUGAGAGCUACGGGUCGGGCUCGAAGUAUGUCUGGAUCGUUGGCGAUGGCGAGAACAGUCAGGGCUCAAGCUUAUGAAGGAGAUGUUGAAGACAUUGCACCCAACAAAAUUCAAGUGAAAUCAUCUGCAUCAGUUCUUCCAUAUGUUGGAGUUGCUUGUCUAGGAGCAAUUCUAUUUGGGUAUCAUCUGGGGGUGGUUAACGGAGCUCUAGAGUACCUUGCUAAGGAUCUUGGGAUAGCUGAAAACACUGUGCUGCAAGGGUGGGUGGUUAGCACACUUCUUGCUGGCGCCACUGUUGGUUCAUUUACUGGGGGUUCCUUGGCUGAUCAAUUUGGGCGAACAAAGACUUUUAUAUUGGAUGCAAUUCCUCUGGCAGUUGGAACAUUUCUUUGUGCAACAGCUCAAAGUGUACAGACUAUGAUAAUUGGCCGAUUACUUGCUGGCAUUGGAAUUGGUAUAUCUUCUGCUAUUGUGCCACUUUACAUAUCCGAGAUUUCACCAACAGAAAUCCGUGGUACACUUGGAUCAGUCAAUCAACUAUUCAUAUGUGUUGGGAUCCUAGCAGCAUUAGUUGCUGGUUUGCCUUUAGCUCAGAAUCCUCUAUGGUGGAGGACAAUGUUUGGCAUUGCAGUUAUUCCAUCUGUUUUGCUAGCACUUGGAAUGGCAUUUUCUCCUGAAAGCCCACGUUGGCUUUAUCAGCAAGGGAGAAUUUCUGAUGCUGAACUAUCAGUUAAAAGGCUAUAUGGAAAAGAAAAAGUUGCAGAGGUUAUGGAUGAUUUGAAUGCAGCAAGCCAAGGUUCUUCUGAACCUGAAGCUGGAUGGUUUGAUCUUUUCAGCAGCCGCUACUGGAAAGUGGUAAGCGUAGGUGCAGCCCUCUUUUUAUUCCAGCAGUUUGCUGGGAUAAAUGCUGUUGUAUACUAUUCCACUUCGGUCUUCCGUAGUGCUGGAAUUACAUCUGAUGUUGCUGCCAGUGCUCUGGUUGGGGCUGCAAAUGUUUUUGGCACAACUGUUGCAUCCUCACUGAUGGAUAGGCAAGGACGGAAAAGCCUUUUGCUGACAAGCUUUGCUGGGAUGGCUGCUUCAAUGUUGCUACUUUCAUUAACUUUCACAUGGAAGGCCCUGGCACCAUACUCAGGCACACUUGCUGUUGUUGGAACUGUUCUUUAUGUAUUAUCCUUUUCUCUUGGUGCUGGCCCAGUGCCUGCUCUUCUACUUCCCGAGAUUUUUGCAUCUAGAGUUAGAGCUAAAGCAGUUGCAUUGUCGUUGGGCACUCAUUGGAUAUCAAACUUUGUGAUUGGCCUCUAUUUCUUGAGUGUUGUAACUAAGUUCGGGAUCAGUACUGUCUACCUGGGAUUCGCAUCUGUUUGCGCUCUAGCAGUUGUGUACAUAGCAGGCAAUGUUGUUGAAACAAAGGGGAGAUCCUUGGAGGAGAUAGAACGAGCAUUGAGCUCAGCAUCAUGAAGUCUGAAGGACAUAAUUUUGGCAUCAUGUUAGAAUAAUCCACACAACGGCCAUCCUUCCAGUCAGGUAUAACUUUAUAGCUUUGCUGAGCCUCCCUCUCUCUCUUUCUGCAUGGCACACCAUCUUGAGGUGCAUUGGUACAGUUUGAUGCAUGUUAGAUUCUGUCUUGAACUUGGACUGACUUUUCAAAUGAUAUUUAAUCUUGCAAAUAAGAUGAUCUUAUUUUAUGUUC